AUGUCCAACCCUGCCUCGUCGGUGGUGGCGCCGUUGAACGAUGCGCUGAAGCGAACCAUCAACCACAGGACCAAACCGAACGCCUUCACGAUCGAUGUGAUCAUCAAUGGCCUCUUUCGUCCGCUGUUCCACUCCAAGACGCUGUCGACUAUCGCGACGAUCCUGUCCCUCGUGAGGAUCGCAGGUGGCCUGGACAACCUCCGCUUCUUGAGGGACAGGAAAGAUUUGAGUGGUCGCGAAAAGCUCUCUUCGCUCGGGGCUGACCUUGCCGCGGGUUGGAGCAACAGUGCGAACCGUCUGGCGAAAUGGUACCUGGUCCUUCGAAUCCUCAAGACGAUCAAUGCGAUUGGCAACCGGCUGGUGAUGGAUCGCGAGUCGCCUCGCAACAUUCGAUGGCACGAGCAUGUGGUGGUCAUCACCGGAGGUGCCCGAGGCAUUGGUGGGCACGUGUGCAAGGUUCUUCGACAGAAGGGGGCCAAGGUGGUGGUGCUCGAUUUGCCCGAGAAGUCGGAGCACGGGCUGGAGACGCUGUACGUGCAGACCGACGUUACGGACAUCAAGUCGCUGCUCAACGCCAAGAAACAGGUGGAGGACAAGCUUGGAUAUGCCACGAUGCUGCUGCUGGGCGCGGGCAUCGCACGACACUCGUUCCUGCUCGACACGGAGGAGCAGUUCCCGCACGAGCACGCUAAGCAAGUGUCGGAGGUCAACUUCCACGGCAUCAUGGCCACACUCAAGGCGUUUGGCGAGCACAUGCUGCCCGACGGUGGCGUCAAAGACCGACCGUACAAGCAGGCCAAGAACGGCUGGGGUGGACACAUCCUCAUCAUCGGCAGUGGUGCUGCGUACAUCGAGCUUCCGGCCAACGCAGCGUACAACGCGUCCAAGGCAGCAACGGUGUCGCUGCACUCGUCGCUCUCGUCCGAGCUCCACGCCUACCACAAGGUGAACAACGUCCGAAGCUCGAUCAUCUGCCCGCUCAAGAUCGAGUCCAAGAUGACCGAAGGCAGGAUGCUGGACACGCACGACCAAGUUCUCCUGCCUACUUUGACGAUCCCCGAAGCCGCCGAAAAGAUCAUCGAGAUCCUCGAGGGAGACAAGAGCAGGAUCGUCUACAUCCCAAGGGCCAUGUACGUGAUGAGCUACAACAAGAUGCUGCCGGCUUGGGUGGUGAGGGCGCUGCACAUCUCGCUGGGCGCUUCGGACACGUUCAUGACGUAUGCCAAGGAGUUCAGGAACCACGAGCAGAACAUCCAUCAGAAGUAA